AUGAGUGCCAAGUUUAUUGCGAAGGGAUCAACCAACAGUGUUGCUAAAAAUAAAACCUCGGGAACACUUACUCCCAGUGGUCGUGUAUCCUACGAGUGGUCUGGUCCUAAUGUGAGGAUAAACCGGAAGAUUAAUUUUGUGGAUAACUCUUCCAGCUCUAAUGUGAUUAAGGCGGUGAGAACGCAAGUUUGCAGUGUUGAUGUCAAAGAUGAUGUGAAUGGGAUUUUUGCUUUUAACAUAGGCGUUGACACGGCGAUGUGUGCUAGUACAAUUAAAGACUUGAAAUCGGCUUAUGCCAUUGACAUUCUUAAUGUCCUUGAGCCCCGAAUUAGAGGCCUGAGGGGGUAG